AUGGACGAUUCAAACACAAGAAGCCAAACUAAGAAGACGAAGAAGCUUCAGAGAGACAAGAACAACAACAAGAAGAACAACAUCCCAACUGUUUGGUUCUCUCUCAAGAAAUCUCUCCACUGUAAAUCCGAACCAUCCGAUGUCCACGUCCCCAAAUCCUCAAAACACCUCACCACAAUCUCCACCAAACGUAUCUCCACCGUCAACUCCUCCUCCCUACCCUCCGCCGGAUGCGGCGGCGGCUUAUCCGGAUGUUCAAGAUCGAUAGCGAAUCUCAAAGACGUGAUCCACGGAAGCAAACGCCACUUCGAGAAACCGCCGAUAAGUGGUAGUCCUCGUUCUAUCGGAAGCAACGAGUUUCUCAACCCCAUAACUCACGAAGUCAUCCUCAGCAACUCCACUUGCGAGCUUAAGAUCACCGGCGUCGGAGACAUGGCUUCACCCGCCGGAGCAACGGAACGGCCGACGACUUUUGUGGGGAUGUUGAGACCGGGAACGCCUAUGCAUCAUCUGAAUCAUUCUGCUUCUUCCCGGAGCCAAGCGUCGUCGACGGCGGCGGUGAAAAAGGGCUCAUUUGCUCCGUCGGAGAGAGACGGCAGAGGAGAAGGGUUUCACACAAGCAGGAGAGUUUCUUUGGAGAUGAACAGAGACUCCGCCGUUAAUGGAGGGAAACACUCUGUUUCUUGCCAUAAAUGUGGUGAACAGUUCACUAAACUCGAAGCUGCAGAAGCUCACCACCUCUCUAAACACGCCGUGACGGAGCUCGUAGAAGGCGACUCGUCAAGAAAGAUAGUUGAAAUAAUCUGUAGAACGAGCUGGUUAAAGUCAGAGAACCAAUGUGGGAGAAUAGACCGUGUCUUAAAAGUACACAACAUGCAGAAAACACUAGCUCGGUUCGAAGAAUACAGAGAGACCGUAAAGAUCAGAGCUAGCAAACUCCAGAAGAAGCACCCGAGAUGUCUCGCCGACGGUAACGAGCUCCUCAGGUUCCACGGCACCACCGUGGCUUGCGGUUUGGGGAUAAACGGGUCGACGAGUCUAUGCACGGCGGAGAAAUGCUGCGUCUGCCGGAUCAUACGGAACGGGUUCUCGGCGAAGCGGGAGAAGAAUAACGGUGUUGGUGUGUUCACGGCGUCGACGAGUGGGAGAGCGUUUGAAUCGGUUUUGGUAGGUGACGGAGAUGGGGAGAGGAAGGUGUUGAUUGUGUGUAGAGUGAUCGCCGGGAGAGUUCAUAGGCCGGUGGAGAAUGUGGAGGAGAUGAAUGGGUUGUUGAUGAGUGGGUUUGAUUCUUUGGCCGGGAAAGUUGGGUUGUAUACAAAUGUGGAGGAGCUUUAUUUGCUCAAUCCUAGAGCUUUGCUUCCUUGCUUUGUGGUUAUUUGCAAAUCCUAAACAAAAUUAUUUAGCAUUUUUGUUUUGGCAAAAAGAUCAAAAUGUUAUUACUAUUUGUUUAUAAUCUCUAGUUUUUUGUUUUACCAUCUUGUUUCGAAUUUUGUUUUCAAGGUGAAUUUGGAGUUUGUGUUUUGAUUUUUUUUUUUUUGGCUAGUUAAUGUCUGAGCUCUUAA